CUUCUCGGCUGGCACAACUCUGAUAUGAACACUCCCUCGGAGGGGCAGCCUUCGCUGGGAGGCUACGGAGGCCCGCCACCUCACGGCUCUGAGCCGCGUAGUAGCAGCCUGCAGAGACAACCAACGAACCCCUACGACAUGUCAAGCCAGCAAAACUUAUCUCCACCAAGGAACGCUGGCCCACCAGCGCGGUCUCUGACUGACCCUACUGAACAACCACCCCAAGAUCAACCGCGUGAAAAACCCCGAGGGCGGAGUAAGAUUUGUGGCAAGUGUGGUGAAGGUCUCACCGGCCAGUUCGUACGGGCUCUGGGCGAUACUUAUCAUUUGGAAUGCUUCACCUGUCAUGAUUGUGGCAAGAUUGUUGCUUCCAAAUUCUUCCCCGUUCCCGAGAAGCCCCCUGGACAGUACCCUCUAUGUGAAACCGACUAUUUCCGACGGUUGGACUUGCUUUGCUUCGACUGUGGCCAAGCCCUUCGAGGAUCUUACAUCACCGCUUUGGACCGUAAAUAUCACAUUGAGCAUUUCACCUGUUCUGUAUGUCCAACUGUGUUCGGGGCCUCUGACAGCUACUACGAGCACGAAGGCAGCGUUUACUGUCACUACCACUACUCGACAAAAUUUGCACAAAGAUGCAACGGUUGUCAAACAUCCAUCCUUAAGCAGUUUGUAGAAAUUUUCCGCAACGGUCAAAACCAGCACUGGCAUCCAGAAUGCUACAUGAUCCACAAGUAUUGGAAUGUGAGGUUGCAUUCCACCGGACAACCCGUGCUUCAAACACCCCAGCAUUCAGACGUAGAUGCACCCGAUGAUGUCCGUGAAAGAGUUCGGAAGCAGGAGGAAGAAAUCGAGGCCAAAGUCAACUGGAUUUGGAAGACGCUAUCGGCAUUCGAAGAGAAGUCGGCAACGUGCAUAUCCGAUAUGCUUCUGCACGUCAGCAACGGUGCUUACGUAGACGGUGUUAUGGCGGCCAAAAAGUUCAUCGUCCAUGUUGAGCUUCUGUUCAAUUCCGCAGACGAUCUUGAUGCGCAGCUUGUAGCCAAAACACCCAAAGGCCUCACUUAUUCUCGUGAAUCCAAACUGCUCUGCAAAAAGGUUGUUGCCUUUUUUGCCCUCUUGACCCAAUCACAAGGCACCGGGGUGCGACGACUUGGCGUCACACAGGAACUACUAUCACUUGUUACUGGUCUGGCCCAUUACCUCAAGCUUCUUAUACGCAUAUGCCUUCAAGGGGCAUUGAAGUUGGAGCGUGAAACGCGAAGCGCGAGCGGACUGACGAAUUUUCUUGCUCAAGUCAAUUCUCUCGAUGCACGACUGGAACAUGAAGCCCAGAUCGAUCAAGCAGCCGAGUCUGCUGUGCUUGUUCCACGAUCAGCUGACGCCUGUCCAAUGUGCGAUGCCCAAGUCGAGGACAAAUGUCUACACAUGAACGACAUGUCCUUCAACUAUGGCUGUAUGGUGUGUCGUGGUUGCAGUGCCGACUUGCGGAGUGACUUCAAGAAUGCGUAUUGGAGCAAGUCCCAGCAAAAAGUCUUUUGUCCGGCAUGUGCUGCAGCGCAACCUGAUGCUGAAAAUGGGUUUCAAUCGGUCACCAAACUUCGACAGUAUGUGCACUUGUUGAAGGUUGCACAUGCUCGCUUGAUGGCAACAUUACGAUCAAGCGGUGCAUUGCCACACACUUCAGAUGAUCCGAACCUUUCUGCCUACGACUCGUCUGAAGGUCACCGUCUAGGCGACACCAGUGCUGAUUCUCAUCCUGCUCAUCUCCGCCAGGAUAAUCGCUCAAAGUCGUUCGGGGGGCAAUCGUCCACAGAUGCCCAAAGUAACCCGAACGCAAACUAUGAGCAGUCCAUGACUGACAUAAAGCGCCUUCGCUCAACACGAUUGGAUAAGCAUCUUUCGCAAACAAUGAAACGUGCUCGUGCAUCGAGAAUCAUAGAUGGUCCGGAAGCUUCUCAAGCGGGAACAGAUUCUUCCUCGAGAGGGGGCAUGCAAAUCGUCCAAGAACGCGAGUCUCCUGGUGAUAUCGACAGCACCACACUUGCUGUCAACUCUUUGGCGCUGGAUGACAUUGCACGUAUGGCUGCCCUCGAGCAACAGCGAGAGCAACGACCCAAUGCAUUCCGUGCCGGAGGUAGUGCCCUUCUAGGACAAGACCAAGCCAGGCUCCGCAAUGGCCAUCGUCGCGAUUUCUCUGGGGCGGAAGCUGCCAAUUCAAGACAGCGCACUUAUUUCUCCGAACUUUCUCCCCUGGAGUAUUUUAAGCUGAAGGGGCUUGCUGUACUUCAACUCGGUCUCCUUCUCGAUGAAGCUCAGUACAAUCAAGGUGAUCUACUCGAUUUGAUCGAAACAAAACGAACAAACUUCUGGGGUAAAAUCGGGUUUGGCAAAAAGGACAAGAACAAGCCAAAGAAAUCCGGCCCAUCUGAAAAACCUGUGUCCGAUCGGGCCACUUUUCGACAACCCCUCGAGCUUCUGGUAGAGAAAUAUGGGGCAGAAUCAACAGAUGGGGUUGGUCCUGGCACCUUGAAAGUACCGGCACUGCUCCAAGAUUCAGUGACUGCAAUGAGAAACAUGGACAUGUCCGUUGAGGGGAUAUUCCGGAAGAACAGUAAUCUGAAAGUUCUGCGAGAACUCGAAGAGGAAAUUGAUGCCAAAGGGGUUGAGUCAGUAGACCUCAGCUCAAAGAACCCGGUCAUGCUGGCCAACCUACUCAGUCGAUUCCUCCGAUUCAUGCCAGAUCCCGUUCUAACAUUGAAACUCUAUCGUUUGUUCAUGGUCGCCAAAGACAUCGAGGACGACGCGCUACGAAAGAAGGUUUUGCACUUGGUUUGCUGUCUUUUGCCAAAGGCGCAUCGCGACACAAUGGAAGUGCUGUUUUGCUUCCUAAACUGGGUCUCAUCAUUCCACACGAUCGACGAAGAGGCGGGUAACAAAAUGGACACAUGGAACAUCUCCACAGUGAUGGCGCCCAACAUUCUACGAGAAAAUAACGAGAAGCAAAUGAGGAGUGUAGAUCAGGGCGCUGUCAGAGUUGUGUUUGAUCUGAUCGAAAACAACGAUGAGUUUUGUGAGGUUCCGGAAGAGAUCGUCGAGCUCUUGAAUGAUGACAGCUCACCAGAGUUGACACCCAAGGAGAUUAUGCGACAAUGGGAACAGCGUGGCAAGAACCCAGUCAUAGCGACACCUGGGGCCUCUCCUCGUGUUCCAGGUGGAACAUCCUCACGUAAAGACCAACGCAACGCCCCGCACAUUACACAAGCCGAUCACAACCCUCAAGCAUUUUCUGGCGAAUCUUCAUUACGCCAGAUCCCACCGCAUGGCCACGGCUUUGCAUCAAACAGUCACGGCACGCCACCGCAACACCAUGAUCUUGGCACGCCGAAUUUACCAUAUAGUCAGCAUCCGCCGGGGUCUGCAGAAAGCCACCGCACCGGGUCACCUCAUCGUCAUAGCUAUCGAUCACCCGCAUACUCUAAGUCUACACAGCUUAGUACUGCUGGCGCAGGCUGA